AUGCGACAGAAACAUGUCCCUGAACUAUCCUCCAGUUCAACUUUCACUCCUUUCUCCCUCAACCCUGACACGUUGGGCGAUCUCGUGCAGUCCAGAGAUGUGCAGAAAUUGCAUGCCCUCGGUGGUGUAAGGGGUCUCGAGGAGGAACUACGAACCGAUAUACACUCCGGCUUGAGCUUGGAUGAGACCUACCUUGAUGCUUGGGCGGUGUCUACUAAUACGACGUCUGCGGAUAAAGUGAUUGUCCCUGAACGCACUUCCACAGCGGAACCUCAGCAUGAUGCAUUCGUAGAUAGGAGGAGAUAUUAUGGGGAUAAUCGCCUACUUGCGAAACCGCCCCCGAGCUUUCUAGGGUUGAUGUGGGCGGCUUACAAUGACCACGUUUUAUUUCUCUUGACUGGUGCUGCUAUCAUCUCACUUGCCUUGGGCUUGUACCAGACCCUCGGCAACACACACUCCGCCAACAAUGCUCCCGUGGAAUGGGUUGAAGGAGUAUCGAUCCUCGUCGCUAUCGUUGUCAUUACCCUCGCCGGUGCUGCAAAUGAUUAUCAAAAGGAGCACAAGUUUCGGAAACUCAAUAAGAAGCAGCAAGAUCGCAAUGUCUGGAUCCUUCGCUCUGCACGAACUCACGAGGUUCCUAUCUCUGAGAUUGUUGUCGGUGAUAUUGUCCAUAUCAGCCCAGGGGAUAUUGUGCCGGCGGAUGGAGUGCUGCUUAGGGGCCACCAUGUCAAAUGCGAUGAGUCGUCGGCGACAGGAGAGUCUGAGCCCGUGGAUAAGAAUCCGAUUGAGACUAGUUCGGCCCAUGAUGAAGGAUCCGAAAUCGAUCCUUUUAUUCUUUCUCAUACAAAAAUCGUAGAGGGUAUCGGUGUCCUCCUUGUCGUGGCAACUUGCACACGAUCAAGCUACGGACGGAUCCUACUCUCUCUCGAGACCGAUCCAGGUUUCACUCUUCUCCAAGUCAGACUGAGCAAGCUGGCAAAGAAUAUCGCCAACUUUAGUGGUAUUGCUGCGCUCAUGCUGUUGGUGAUUCUGUUUAUCAAGUUUCUGGUUGGUCUACGCCACAGCACCGAAACUCCCUCUGAAAAGGGACAAUCAUUCUUGAAUGUUUUCAUCCUUGCAUUGACGGUCGUUGUUAUCGCUGUCCCAGAGGGUCUUCCAUUGGCCGUCACCCUUGCACUGUCCUUUGCCACAACGCGGAUGAUGACAGACAACAACCUAGUUCGUCAACUCCGGGCUUGCGAGACUAUGGGACAAGCCACGGAUAUCUGCUCCGACAAAACGGGUACUUUGACAGAGAACAAGAUGAUUGUUGUCUCGGGCUUUUUCGGUGUUACCUCGCAAUUUACCGAUAGAACAGCCAACCCAGAAAUCCCCGGCGGCGAAAAGAAAACAUCGAAAGCAGGGUGCAUGGACAGUCUCUCCAAAGAGACAAUAGUCCUGUUGAAGCAAUCGAUCGCGAUCAACUCAUCCGCGAUCGAAAGCCAAGAAGACUACCUUGGAUUGGGUCAGCUUGACCCCAAUCGUUCCUGUGUUGAGAUCGUGGAUUUUCUUCCUUUCGAUGCGUCUCGCAAAUACAUGGUUACAGUUGUCAAGCUUCCCAGUGGCUCGUAUCGGGCAUAUGUCAAGGGUGCUCCUGAGAUCCUUCUUGGGAAAUGUGCAGCCAUAAUUGUAGAGCCAAUGCAGGGAGUUCAAAUUGCCCCUAUAACAGAAACCGAUAGUCAGCAAGUUGGUCAAAUAAUCGCACGGUACGCCUCGCGGUCUUUGCGUACUUUUGCAGUCUGCUUCCGUGAUCUUGAUCGGUUACCCUUCAAGGGAGACGAAGGAAUCAACUUCGACGAAGUAAUGAAUGGUCUCGCACUCCAAUGCAUUCUCGGUCUUCAAGAUCCCCUUCGAGCUGAUGCAUGGGAUGCUGUACAGACUAGUCACAAAGCAGGUCUGACGGUGCGAAUGGUUACCGGAGACAAUCAUCUCACAGCAAGAGCCAUUGCCGAGGAAUGUGGAAUUAUCACUGAUCCAGAUGACGUCGUUAUGGAAGGUGAUGAGUUCAGAGCCCUGAAUGAAGACCAGCAGAAGGAAAUAGUCCCACGCUUGAAGGUUCUGGCACGAUCUCGUCCAGAUGAUAAGCGGGUACUAGUUCAGCAGCUGAAGGACCUAGGCAGGGUCGUCGCUGUCACUGGAGAUGGCACUAACGAUGCGCCUGCUCUGGCAGCCGCUGAUAUCAGUUUCUCAAUGGGUAUUUCGGGAACCGAAAUUGCCCGUGAGGCGUCUUCGAUUGUUUUGUUGGAUGAUACGUUCUCCUCGAUUGUGAAAGCCAUCAUGUGGGGAAGAGCAGUGAGCGACGCAGUGAAGAAAUUCUUGCAGUUCCAAAUCACUAUCACAUUCACCUCAGUCGGAUUAGCAUUUGUCUCUGCAGUAGCCGACUCAUCAGAGGAGUCAGUCCUAACCCCAGUACAAUUGAUGUGGGUGAACCUGUUCCAAGAUACACUGGCAGCCCUGGCCCUAAUAACAGAUCCACCUCCCUGCCGGAUCCUAGACCGGAAACCAGAACCAGCAUCUUCGCCACUAAUCACAUCCAACAUGUGGAAGAUGAUCAUCGGCCAAUCUGUCUACCAGAUGGUCGUGACGCUUGUCCUAUACUUCGCCGGCGCUGCCAUUUUCUCCUAUCACGGCGAGCAUCAAAAAUCGCAGCUGCAGACUGCUGUGUUCAAUACCUAUGUCUUGAUGCAAAUAUUCAACAUGUACAACAACCGCCAAAUCGAAAGAUCAUUCAACCUCAUCGAAGGAAUCCACCGCAACUAG